AGAGAGAAUGUUGUGAUGUCACUGCAGCCCCCUCAUAUUCAGUACACAAAGGGGCAGGGGAUCAUCAUAGCCAGCAUACCGACUCUGCUACACAGACUACUCGACUGCUCACUCACACAGACUCAGACACACACAGACUCAGACACACACACACACGUCACCCAGAUACAGUCAGUCACAGUGUAACUCACACCAGGACCAGGCUUGCUCAUUUUUCAGGCUGGGCAGUCACAGUAAGUAAAAUUACCAGCAAGGAAUCAGUGACCAUCCACCCUCCCAGAAGCCAUAUAAUAUUACUGAGAGAACGUCUGAGAAGUUGCAAGAGAACUCUUCAGCAUUUUGGAAUUUGGACUGUACCAGAUCCACCAGACAUUGGGGUUUAAAGCCCUCUGUUGAACCAGGCCGGAAACAGCAUUUUAGACAGUCCCAACAACAACAGAGGAAGGAGGUUAAUCUAGGAUCAGACAGUAUGCUGGCUCAGAUCCUACAGGAGAUGUGGGUGGACCCAGAGGUGCUGGAGGCCCUGAGUGAAGACCAGAAGAGAAUCUUGUUCCUGAAGAUGAGAGAGGAGCAGGUCAGACGCUGGAAAGAGAGGGAGGAGAAGGACGAGAGAGAGAGGAGAACCAGGGAACAUGCCAGGUCUAAGAAAGGUCACAGUAAGAGCGUGCGCUGGCUGUUGGGUCGUGAUGGGGAUGUGAGUGUGAGCGUGAUCGGAGAGGUGGAUGAAUUUAGAUCCUCCAAACUCCUCCAGACCCUUUGUACCAACACCAGACUACAGAGUACAGAAAUUAACAACCUAGUGGUUGAUAUCCAUACUGUGUCUCUACUGACAGACAGAGAAAACCACCAAACCAGCUCACAAUCAGCCAUACUGAUGCAACUCAGCGAGGACUCAGACGGGUCUAAGGACUCUGAGGAGGACCAAUACACAGGCAGUGCUGAGGUCGACCCAAAGGACACCAGGGAGGACAGCAUCGUCAGUGUGUCAGGCUACAGCACAGAUGACCUAAAGGACUGGGGCCUCUGCUACAGACCCCACUGCAGCAACAUCAGCCUCUGUCUCCAACCCCAGCUGUCAGCCAGAGAAAAGGCCUGCCCACAGAGCAGAAGAGUGGUGGUCAGUCAUGAAGAGGAGAGCCCAGCAUUUGGUGGUCGGGUGGCCCAGCUCAGGAGAGCAUUUGCCACGUCCUCUCCCACCGCCAUGCCCCGUGUGGCCACCAAACCCUUUCACCUGUAGCUAGCAGCCAAACCUUCCCUCAGGUAACACCAGGGUCACCUCCUGUCAACCAACCACACAGAAGAGGUACUGCCCACUUGACGGGCUCAUAUGAAUACCAGGUACAAGUGACCUACGGACAGACACUCACCUGAGGAACGGUGCUGAGAAAUAGGAGCUCCAAACUAAGCCGAGUUAAAGGUGGACAUGCAUGGCUGAGUGGGAGGAAUGCUUGGCGCUGGUAUUCUGGUGAAACGGCUCCCUUUAAAGGUUCCUGGAGACUGCAUGGUAGUCAUACAGUUCUACCUCUCCUUGAAGCUAAAUACCCAAGAGGUUUGGACAUGGCUAACACAAGAGCUAUUUCUACAUAUGUACAAGAGGUUUGUAUCUGAUUUGUACAUGGGGUGGAGGAAAAGAUUUAGCUUCACGUUUCUUAUCAUGAAUUAUGUAAAAAAAGAAAAACCCCAGCUGUAAUAAGGGGCGUGGUAUGUUUGGGCUAUAGGUCAAACCAUCCUGUCAUGUUUUUAGUUGCCUGAUCUUUUGCUUUGUUAGUUGUUGUUAUCUAACGGUCUAACCUCGUAGAUUUUCUGGUCAUAUUCUGUUUGGAAUAUUUGCGCUCUAACUACAUUUGUUUGAGGAGGUUAUUUCAAUAUUGUGUGUGAAACAUGCUUGUACAAAUUAAUUUGACCUGUUGUCUUCUAAUUCAGCUGAAUAAAAAUGUGGAAGAAAUGUGCGAGGGUGUUUAAGAUAGAGAGAGAGGACUAAUAAAGAGAGAGAGAGGAUUAAUAAAGAGAGAGAGAGGACUAAUAAAGAGAGAGAGAGGAUUAAUAAAGAGAGAGAGGA